CCAGCGCUGCCUCCUCUAACAGCAGCAGUUCCUCUUUACGCACAGACAUGGACAGAUCCUCACUCUGACUUCACCAGGUCGUCUUCUCCCUACUCCACCAGAGCUCCGAGUGAACAGCUCUUCUUGCUGCAGCGGACGCAUGGAGAUCUAACUUUGCUUCCCAUUUUGUUGCUCAAUCCCCGUGGAAGUUCUUGUUGUUUUGCUGUUCCCUUGGUUUUUGAUUCUCUUUAUGGUCUGCUCAUGCGUCGGGAAUGCCAUGGCCACUCCGAGCGCACAGCAGCAGCACCAGGAUUAUUACAGAUCGGUGAGCAGCGAGUCCACCACCUAUAUGAUGGUCCCUGCCGGCGGGCCAAACAGCACGGCGCGCCGGGAAGCGCCGUCCAAGAUGUGGGUGGCGAUGGUGGUGAUUGUGGUGGUGGUGCUGCAGAUCGCCUCCACCACGGGGCUCUUUCUCUACCUAAACAUGUCCAUAUCGCAGGUGCGUAGUCAGGGCGUCACAGAGGAGCUGAAGUGCCUGAGUUUACUGAAUGCUCUGGACAAAGACCAAGACAUCCCGGACCAGCUGGCCCAGCUCUUCGGGGAGCCGUGCAUCAAACUGGCCGAAGGCAUCAAAUCUUACAUCUCCAAGGUGACGGAGAACAUCAUCUCCAAACAAACCUUCAUAGAAGCGAGGACAAUGCCUCGCACUUUUAACAACUCGGGGUCAAAGUUCAUGACCUCGGUAGCCCAGAGGCCGUCGGCCCACUUGACCCUCAGAGACUCGGGAUCUCAAGGGUUCCCUCCAUACCAGAUCCCCACAGCGGGUCUCCACCAGUCCUGCCGUCAUGUGGUCCGUUCGUGGGCCAAUCAGAGCUUCGGAGCUCACCUGCACAACAUGACGCUAAACAACGGGAAGCUGCGAGUGCCCCAGGAUGGGCGGUACUACCUGUACUCACAGGUGUAUUUCCGUUAUCCGUCUCCAGCAGCCAGUGACGGAGACCAGCGCAGCGUCAGCCAUCAGCUGGUGCAGUGUGUCUACAAGAAAACUUCCUACCCCAGCCCCAUACAGCUCCUGAAGGGGGUGGGAACAAAGUGCUGGGCCCCAGACGCCGAGUAUGCCCUCCACUCCGUCUACCAGGGAGGACUGUUCGAGCUGAGGGCCGGCGACGAGCUCUUCGUCUCCGUCUCUUCGCCAACCAUGGUAAACGCUGAAGACUCCUCCAGUUACUUCGGUGCCUUCCGCUUGGACCUCUGAGAGGAAGGGAUGGAAAGAGAGAUGGAUGGAUAAAUGGCUGGACUGGGGUCUCUAGAAUGUCCUUCGACUGAAGUAGAAUGGAGCUGAAUUUCCAUGCUCGACAUUUGCUCAAACGAAUGCAUUGAAGGAUGGAUGGACUGGGGUUUAAAGGCAGCAAAUGGACAGGAAGACGUGGGACUGAAACCCAACCAUCAAGAGCAAGAUCUGAAAGAUUCAUGUGCAAUUACUCAAAAAUAAAUGUGAGGGUAUCGAUUUUCUGAUGAUUCUUGGGGAAUAAAAUCACCUUUUGGAUGUCAAAAAGAGAAUUAAACCACAGAAAAACCUAAGUGCCCAAAUAAUAAGCCCACCCAUGCCGCCCGUAUCCCAAAUUAACUUGUGAAUCUCAGCACAUCUCGCACAUUAACGGCCUUUUAUGGGAAGUAAUCAGCGCCUUGGAUUUGGAUUCCAGACGGGAGAAUGUAAACACAAAAAAAACUUGAUCCUGUGCAUCAAAGAUGUGAGGAAGGACUGGUAAGAGAAGAAAAUCCAAUCAAACCAAAGCAAAAAAUGUGGAAUAUAACUUUUUUUAAGCGUGCCAUGAGAGUACUGUAUAUAUGAAUGGCUAUGAAUGAGUUUUGAUAAUGAACUGUGGAGAUUUUUAAGUGAUUCUUAUGUAUUUUCUCUGACUGGACUUUAAACCACUCUGACUUAAUGCAAGGAUGUUUUUAAGGGGCAGAAAUGUUUGCUUAAGGACUGAAAUGAAACUGUGAGAAGCAGCAAACAGAGACAGUGCCUUUGGAACAAAAGACUGCAAGGAAAGGAGGAGUUCAAAUGAUUCUUGUAAAUGUCAAUACGAUUGAGAGGGGAAUGCAGCUCGACCAGUCUGUGUUACUGCUCUCUCUCGCUUUUCCUCACCAUCUCUGUUUUCCUUUCCGUGUCAAGAAUUUGGUUGAUCUCGUCUUUCUUGUGACGCCACAUUCAGUUUUUGUUUUGAGGGUCAUUCGAGCAAACAAUGAGAGAUCAACUAGAGAACAAAAGACAUUAAGAAUCAAAACAUGGCUGCAGAUGCACAUGCAGAAAGAAGGGCUGCUGCAGCACAAAGCAAACUUCACAUGUCAGCAUGUUCGGGUGAUCUUUGAGGUCGAGUGAAAAAGUUUUCUUUUGACAUUUAAGUCAUGAAAGCAUCCCUCUUUAACAAUGAACUAAAACCAUUGAAAUGCGUUUAAUGACCACUAAAAUGUCUCAGUUAAACCAAAACAUGUUUGCUCUGUGAACCACUAAAACCAGGUGUUUCUUUUAUUAAACCUAACUUGGCAUGAAAGGCCGGUGUUCAUUUACAGCUUGUUUUCAAAGCUGGCAUGGCUCACAACCUCAAAGUGCUGCUCUCCAGCGCUGUUUGUCACAGGAUUACAAAGGUGACUUCUGCUUCCCUUGGUAGUGACCACAAGGUCGGUUUGAAUAGCUACCUGUUCCUACUAUUUGUUUAAAUACCAACAAGAAAGCAUUCCCUGGCAUUAGCAGUAGCUCUAGACCUUGAAAUGCCCAAAUUCUCUGCCGCCAUUGUUGUUGACUAAACCCUGUCCCUUUGAUUUGAUUAGCCAGUGACAAUAACAAGUCAAGAAGCGGUCCAAAAGUUGUGCUUUUUUCUGUAGCAACAGUUGAAGUUGAGGGUGCUUUUGCCCUCAUGACAGUGAGCACUGAAAGCGUUGAACUACAUCUGUUUUUUAAUUUGAAAUGAGUGCCUGCAGUGCAAACGCUAACCUUUAGCUACUUUUUUAACAUUGUUUCCACUCUUUCAGCUAGGCAAGGAUAAAUUAUUUAAUAGGAAGUCGUCUAAUUCAUGGAUACCAAGGAUACAGGUGGAUUUCCAGAACUAUAAAACAAUUCCCAAAACAACACGACCAAGGUUUGCUUUAUCGUAGUUUAAUGAGCUACUCAGAUAGUCGCUGUUAAUCUGUUGUCAUGCCAAAAAUGACUUCUAGAAAACACUUUAGUAACACUUUAUUUAUGCCUUUAGGCCCUAAUUACCUACUAAUUUCUCAAGAAUUGCAUAGUAAUAAUUUACCUAGUUUUAAUGUAUUGGUCAUGUAAUUCUUUGUAAUACUGUGGCAAUUCUCUGGUAAAUAGAUGGUAUUUUACCUUAAUCUCCUAACCCUAAAAAGCACUUGAAAAUUAUUUAGGAAGGACUCACUUUAAUUUAGGGGCCAAAAUUGAAAAACAUAGUUUGGAAUUAUCAGGUGACUUAUAUAGAAAAUGAUCAUCUUAUUUCUAAGAAAAUACUUAAAGAUAAAAUACCACCUAAUUACCAGAGAAUUGCCACGAUAUUACAGCGUUAGGUUAAGGAUAAGAGUUACGUUAAGGAAGUUAGGGUUAGGGUAAAUGCCACCUAAUACGACAGAAUUGACACAAUAUUACAAGUGUUAGGUUUCAGGUAAGAGUUAGGUAAAGGGGGUUAGGGUAAAUGCUACCUAAUUACAAGAGAAUUGACACAAUAUUUUGGCAAGUAGGGUAAGAGUUAGGGCAAGGAGUUUAGGUUUAGAUUAAGAGUUAGGGUAAGGGGGUUAGGGUUAGGGUAAAUGCCUCCUAAUACAAGAGAACUGGCACAAUAUUACAAGUGUUAGGUUUAGGUUAAGAGUUAGGGUGAGGGGUUAGGAUAAAUACCAACUAAUUUCUAGAGAAUUGCCAUAAUAUUAAGAGGCUUACGGUCAGGGGUUAGGGUAGGGGGUUGGGCUUGAGAUAAAUACCACCUUACUACCAGAGAAUUGCCACAAUAAUAAGUGGUUUAGGGAAAGGGGUUUAGGAUUAGGGCUAGAGGUACAUGGUUAGGGUGAAAUACCACCUUAUUACCAGAGAAUUGCCACAAUAUUACAAGGAAUUACUUGGUACUUGAAACGUUUUUACUAGUAUUUUUUUUAUUAAUAAUACUUACUUUAUACUUGGUAAAAAUAACAUCUUAUUACGAGGUAAUUACCACCUUAUUCUUGAGAAAUUUCUGGAUAAUUACACUUAUAACAAAGGAAUUACUAGGCAUUUAGGGCCCAUUGUUACAAAGUACCAACACUUUUUGCCAAGCUUUUGUAACAUUUAAUGCAUGUAAACACAUCACAACGAGAGUAAAGUCUGGGAAAGAGUAUUAUAGUGAAACACCUUCUCAAACAAAUGAAGCAAAGUUAAAUUUCCUCGAAAUCCAAACCAAGUUUAGACAAGACGCAGAUGCAGAAAAGAAAGAACUGGACGGAGUGAGAGUGGAUAUUCACGGACAUAAACCAUGCACGGACUAGCCCAAACUCAACCCCUACAUGCCUCUGUAGCACGCACAUGUACAUUAAGGGGAUGUACACAUCAGCUCGCGCCACAUCCAAGCUUCUCUGCAGACAUACACAUCAUCCAACGCUACGUCUAGUGCAAAGACACAAACUCAGUCUGACACACACUCAUUUAUCUGCAGCGUCUCGCCUCCCUGAGCCGUCUGGUUGAUGUCAGUCGGAGGCAUGCAGGGAGUGAACGUGUUUGUUCAAAGGGCUCGGUUCAUACGGACGACACAUAAAACGAGGUCAAGUGUACACAAAUGUUUUUAACCUCUGCUUUGUUUUACCAUAGAAGCACCAGCAGACUCUUUUUAAAGGUGAAACCAGUCAUUUUAGCGCUGUGGUUCACAUUUACCUGUGUAUAUACUGUGCAAAAACAGCCACUCCUGUGUAUUUUUGGCUUCAAACUGAAGUGAAGUUUUAUUUUGUGUUUGAUUGCUGUUUUAGCAGCUUUUUUUUUUUUUUUUUUUUUUUUUUAAACGGCUGGCAUGCACCCAGUCACGUUUUUUGGGGACUUUCUCUCAUCCCGACAUCUCACACUCCAUCUCAGUUGGACUUAAGUUGGUUUAUUAUCCUGGGUGAACUUCAACAAUCUUUUUUUUUCUCCUUUCUUGCACUCAAAACAAAGAGUUCAUUGGAAACAGUCCAGCAAUGAUGAUAAUGCAACACUACAACAGCAUAAAUCCCCGGGCCCAGCUGGGAAAAACUUGUGCAUUGAAUGUGUCUGAGACGUGUUUGUACUGGACGGUUUUGUAGCUGUGAACAUGUGUAGCACAUUGUUGCUGAGAAAAUAAACAAAUAUUUGAACAUU